AUGAACAACAUCAACCUUCAUCCAUAUCGUCAAUCCCAAUUCCAAUAUGAGGUAAAUAUCGGAGCUCAAUCAUAUAACACCAGUGCCGUGCUAAUAGCCUUCAGUACACAAAAACAAGACAAGACGGUGACGUCCAAGAUCACCUCUAAAUUAGUCCAAGAGGCUAUUCGUGAAAGAGACAGAAACAUCAGCCGUCCCGAGGGCCCCAUGAAGAAGAAGGAUGACCCAGUCGAUGACCUCGUCAGAUUGGCGGCUGCAAGCAUCGGCUUCGUCUCCGAAGCCAUCCACUACCGACGACAGAAGAAGGAAGCGAAAAAGAAACAGAAUGCGGCCGUCGCCCAACAUCAGAAUGAAGUUCCCAUCGCCGAACAACUGAAUGAGGCCAUUUGGGAGUUGGACGCUGUCGGCCAAGAAGGGGCACAAGAGGAAGGCCCGCAGUCUCCCAAGGAGCUUGAUGCGACUGCAGAACCCAAGGAAUCCCACGAGCCUGAAGAGUCCAAGGUGCGCAAUAAACUGCAGAAGCCAAAGCCAGAGGAACCAAAGGAACCAAAAGAGCCGAAAGACGUCGCCAAAGCUUUUCUUCAGAGACACCCCUUUGAUGGCCAAACAGACCCCAACACGAAACUCGCGUUGCCCGUCAUCCUACCUCAGCGACGCCCAAAGGAUAGGGGGCGAGGGUUCGUGCGGGCGUAUGCACCAGUAUUGGCAGACGUUGGCAUCGAUCAAGAGACAUUCCUUGACCUGAUCGAUUCGUUCAACAAGUCCUUGGAGCCGAACCCAUAUCUCUAUGCCAUCAACUUGACUGGUCUUGCCAGCAUGGCCGCUCCCGAGCCCUUUACUAUGCUUAUUGGUGCCAGCAUCGACGUCCUCAGUUUUAUGACAGUCGAAGCACACAGUCGAUUCAAGUCAAACAAGUUCUUAGACCAUAUCAAUGCAGAGUUCUUUGCUCCCCGUGGUCUAGUCUGUCUCAUCGUCACCUGGAGCCCCACCACCAAUAACGACGAACUUGUAUCUGCGGUUGCCUUGGAUGGCAGGCCAGCUGAGUCACCACCCUUGACUCAACAGAUGAAGGAUAUAGUGAUGCAGAAAGCCUCGGGCAAGGAAAGCCUGGAGAAGUUCAAGCACCAGUUCCAAGACAAUAUGAAGCCUUCCAAAGGGACUGUUUCUUGGCCUGAACCAGCACCACUUACCUUUCCAUCGCUGGAUGAAAUUUCCGAAGGAAAGGAAAGCGAGGAGAAGAAGAAGAAGAAACUUGACAAUGCAGAGAAGUGGCUCGAUGAGUACAUGGAUAGGCGUGGGCAGGCCAAGUGGAUCAGGAAGAACCCGGAUCACUCGGUGGCCAACAUGCUACCGAAACCCGAGUUUCGGUCUCGGUAUGCCGACCCGAAUCACCCUGCUUCUAGUGGUGAUAUCGUGGCCUUGUUCACUGGCGGUCGAUGGAAAUAUGGCCGUGCGAAGCCUGCUGAGGCUGAGAGUAGUGCCAGCAAGGCAGACUCGGAUCGAGAUUCAGAUAGCGAGAAGGAAGACAAGAAGAAAGAGGAGAACAAACAGACUGAUGAGGCAAGCGACGAUGAGGAAAAGGACCAGCGUGCAUCAAAAGAUGAGGACAAGAAGAAGUCUUCCGGUGGAUGGGGACAACUGUUUCAGAGCAAUGUUUUAUACCUUGUCAUCACUAAUCUUCCUCAAAAGGAGGAGCCGGCGGAAAUUGACAGUCCCGUGGUCGCAGAACUCCCAUCUUGA